AUGUCCUACCCAAAGACGUAUCGCGCUUGGCGCCGCAGUGCUACACCAUUUCCACGCACCCUCAAACUUUCGAACGAGACGCUUCCUGAGGCACUAGACACGUCGGACGUGUUGAUACGGAUCCACGCUGUAUCGCUCAACUAUCGUGAUGUUGCCAUGCUUCAGGAAGGUAAAUAUCCGGCGACAGUCGAUGACGGCGGCGUAUCUGCUUCUGAUUGUGCCGCUGAAGUUGUGGCUAUUGGAAGAGGUGUCGAAAGAUUUGCAUUGGGUGAUCACGUAGCACCAACUAUUGGUCUGGAGAUAUUGACUGGUGAAGAGCGGGAUGUCGGCGAUGUCAUCCUCGGCAGUACUGGACCAGGCACGUUGAGGGAAUACGCAGUCUUCCAUGAGAAGGUCCUGGUCAAGCUACCGCAGCACUUGACCUGGGAAGAAGUAAGCUUCGACAACAUUGACCAAGCGACAGGAACCGGCGGAGUGAGCCUUAUGACACUCCUGAUCUGUAUCGCAGCAGGAAUCAAGCCUAUUAUCACUUCUUCGUCCGAUGAUAAGCUAGAAAAGAUCAAGACGAUAGAUCCAGCAAUCCGGGGCAUCAACUACAAGACGGCGGAUGUCGCAACAGAAGUGCUCAAGCUGACUGGUGGUAAAGGCGUCGAUGUAAUUCUCAACAACAUUGGCAUAAGCUCCAUCCCAGAAAACUUGAAAGUUGUCCGGCAGAACGGAAGUGUAGCUCUUGUGGGAUUCCUUGGAGGCUUUUCCGCGGACUACUCGCCAAACGUUCUUUCCGCAAUAAUGAUCAAGGCGUAUUUCGAGGCUCUCAAUGCUUUUCUGGGAGAAAAGCAGGUGAAGAUGGACCCCAUAAUCGACAGGAUCUUCACAUUCGACGAGGCACCUGCGGCUUAUGAAUACCUUGCGUUGGGCAGUCAUGUAGGCAAGGUGGUGAUCAAGGUGUCUUAA